AGCCUUCCUUUUUUUGUCUGUCACAUUCAGUUUUUGUUUUAGGGUUUUACUGGUAGACGGUCGCAGAAACCUAAUUAUCAUCUGCAACCGUGCGAUUUUGAUCCGAAUCCAUCAAAUCGGAUCUCGGACUGCUAAAUUGGAUGGGUACGGAGAGAAAAAGGAAGUUGAGCUUGUUUGACGUGGUAGACGAAACCUCAAUAUCCGCCAAACUUGGCAAAUUUAACGGCGGAGUAGCGGCGAUGAAUUUUAACGGGACCAACAGUCUUGUAAACAGGUGGAAUGGGAGAGCGUAUUCGCAGCGGUACCAUGAGAUUCUCGAGAAACGGAAAACUUUACCCGUUUGGCAUCAAAAAGAGGAGUUUUUGGCCGCUUUGAACAAAAAUCAAGUACUUAUUCUCGUCGGCGAGACGGGUAGCGGUAAAACGACGCAGAUUCCUCAAUUUGUAUUGGAAGCGGUAGACCUUGAAACGCCUGAUAAACGUAGGAAGAUGUUGAUAGCUUGCACCCAGCCUCGUCGGGUUGCUGCCAUGUCUGUUUCUCGGCGUGUUGCGGAAGAGAUGGAUGUUACUAUUGGCGAGGAGGUUGGUUAUAGUAUUCGUUUUGAAGAUUGCAGUAGUGCAAGAACAGUUCUCAAGUAUUUGACUGAUGGUAUGCUUUUAAGAGAAGCAAUGACCGAUCCCCUUUUGGAACGAUACAAAGUAAUCAUCCUUGAUGAAGCUCAUGAAAGGACUUUGGCAACUGAUGUGCUAUUUGGGCUUCUUAAAGAAGUUUUGAGAAAUAGACCUGAUUUGAAGCUAGUUGUUAUGAGUGCAACCCUAGAGGCUGAGAAGUUUCAGGGUUAUUUUAGUAAUGCACCUCUGAUGAGGGUUCCGGGAAGGCUUCAUCCUGUGGAGAUCUUCUACACUCAGGAUCCUGAAAGGGAUUAUCUUGAGGCAGCCAUUCGGACAGUUGUCCAGAUACACACGUGUGAACCUGCUGGGGACAUACUUGUUUUUCUUACUGGUGAGGAAGAGAUAGAAGAUGCAUGUCGUAAAAUAACAAAAGAGAUCGGAAAUAUGGGGGACCAGGUUGGGCCAGUGAAAGUGGUGCCUCUAUAUUCAACUCUCCCACCAGCAAUGCAGCAGAAAAUCUUUGAACCUGCUCCACCUCCUCUAACCGAGGAUGGCCCUGCUGGACGGAAGAUUGUAGUAUCAACAAAUGUAGCGGAAACUUCUUUGACCAUAGAUGGUAUAGUUUAUGUUAUUGACCCAGGUUUUUCUAAGCAAAAGGUUUAUAACCCAAGAGUGCGUGUUGAAUCCUUGCUGGUAUCCCCAAUAUCAAAGGCAAGUGCUCAUCAGAGAUCAGGUCGUGCUGGAAGAACACAGCCAGGCAAAUGCUUUAGACUUUAUACGGAGAGAAGUUUUAAUCACGAUCUUCAGCCGCAAACAUAUCCAGAGAUACUACGAUCAAACCUUGCUAACACAGUUCUAACACUGAAGAAACUUGGAAUUGAUGACUUGGUGCAUUUUGAUUUUAUGGACCCUCCUGCUCCUGAGACCUUGAUGCGAGCACUGGAGAUGCUGAAUUAUUUGGGAGCCUUGGAUGAUGAAGGAAACUUGACAAGGCUUGGGGAGAUCAUGAGUGAGUUUCCAUUGGAUCCUCAGAUGUCAAAGAUGCUGGUCGUUAGUCCUGAAUUCAACUGUUCAAAUGAGAUUCUAUCCAUCUCCGCGAUGCUCUCAGUACCCAAUUGCUUUGUACGACCUAGGGAGGCACAGAAGGCUGCUGAUGAAGCAAAAGCUAGGUUUGGGCACAUAGAUGGAGAUCACUUGACGCUGCUGAAUGUCUACCAUGCAUACAAGCAAAACAAUGAGGAUCCAUCUUGGUGUUACGAGAAUUUUGUCAAUCACCGGGCUCUCAAAUCUGCUGAUAAUGUUAGACAACAGCUUGUACGCAUCAUGGCGAGGUAUAACAUCAAGUUGUGCAGCACGGACUUCAACAGCCGCGAGUAUUAUGUCAACAUAAGAAAGGCUAUGCUGGCUGGAUAUUUUAUGCAGGUUGCUCACCUGGAGCGGACUGGGCACUACCUAACGGUCAAGGACAAUCAAGUUGUGCACUUACAUCCCUCAAAUUGUCUGGAUCACAAGCCGGAGUGGGUUAUAUACAGCGAAUACGUUAAAACCAGCCGGAAUUUUAUCCGGACAGUGACAGAUAUUCGUGGUGAAUGGCUGGUAGACUUAGCAUCACAUUACUAUGACUUGGAAAACUUUCCAAAUUGUGAGGCAAAGCGUGUUCUGGAGAAGCUUUAUAAGAAGCCGAAGCGAGAGAAGGAAGAGAGCAAGAACAAAAAAUGAAACGUGUUAAACUGAUUACCGCGUUAAUCAUCGUAGAUUUCCUUUUCACUGGUUUCUACUCGGCUGUCAUUUGUAUUGCUUAAACAGUAGUUUAGCUAUUUUGCUUCUACUAUAGCGUUAGGAUUCCACAUUUAUUAUUGGAUGUGGCUUCAUUGCUAUACAAGUUUUAUUUAACGUUUGUAAGAUUAAUCAGAGUUUAAAUGUGGACAUGAACCCCUCUCUAUUUAUCUGUUA